AUCACACUUUUUGAAAAUUUUGUUUAUUACUCGUUAAUAUCCAGCAUUUUGGUGAUCUCUAACUUCUACUUCGGAAUGACGAUAGUGAGUGCUCUAGAUAGAUAGAAGCUUUCGUAUUUGAAGCUUGGCAGCUUCUGCGGCCUUCUGUUGACGUUUAAAGUGAUAGAUUUCUAUAUGGUUGCCAAUUCUUUUCAUCUGGGAAGAGUAAGAUGGCUGAAAUGAUUCCUAAAGUGCUUAGAAAUAUUCUUCCACUUGGCGUUCUUAUUAUACAGAUUUAUCUCAUUACUAUGACUAAUUGUUGUCCAGGACUCUCAAAUUCUAUUGGAAAUAUGACAGGAGAUUUAGAGGAAGAAGCAGGCUCAUCCCUAAGAAUUCAAUGCCAUAUAUUUCGCACUCAAAUAACAGUUAAUAAUUCCAUCUACAAUGUCUCUUCUGAUUAUGUAAUGAUAAAAUUUCAAGGCAGACAGCUAGACAAUGUUGUUAGACUGGAUGAGCGCACUGUUGAGUAUUUUAUUCCGAAUGCUAGUACUAAUGACACUGGAUAUUAUCUCUGCUUUGUAAAUAUUCCAAAUGUCAGUGCUAAGCAAUUUGUGUGUAUAACACAUGUCGCCGUUGGCUCGAACUCAGGCUAUAGCCAAACAACUCAGACAGUUCCAGAGUUACAGGUGGGGCCUGAACCACCACAUCCAGCAAAUCCUUUACAAAACAGUGGUAGAAAAAUUGUAACUUAUGCGGCGGCAGUAUGGGCACAGCCCAUGCGAGGAAGAAAAGUGAGGCACCUAUCCACAAUUCAACGUCCCUUCGCCCUAAGUAUUACCCGGGCGUACAUCACCACUUCUACAGAUGCGAUCAAUGCGCUAGCCGGACUGCUACCUUUGCAUAUCAGGGUAGAAAAAGAAGCAGCAUGA